UAGAAGUACCGUGACCAGGCACAGAUAAACAACAGUCGCAAAGAGGGUGGAAGAACGUCACCGGUACAAGACGCAUCGUACAGUAAAUCACAGUCUACAAACAGAUCGUGCAGAAGAUCAAGAUGAAGACACUAGCAUUGCUCUUACUGAGCCUAACAGUGGCUCUGGGAGUGCCAGCACCUCCUCCAGGAGUGCCACAGAAUCCUGUCUUGGCUGAAGGAGACCUGCACCCUCUGCUGGCAGAUGUGCUGCCGGUGCAGGGUCACGUGGUGGUGAAAGAUCCCGCUCCACAGGUCAGGCUCGGCUCCCAGGAGGAGAAGGAAAAACUGGCUCCGGCCCCGGUGGACGUGCAGCAGGGUCAGCAGGUGGUGGGACUGGCGGUUAAAGUGAAGCCAGAAGCUGUAGCGGAGCGAAAGGAUGGAGUGCGGACAGAGGUUAAGGUGGAGCCAGAGGUUAGAGAAGUUAAAGCAGAGCCACAAGUUAAAGCAGAGGCCGAGGUUAAGGUGGAGCCAGAGGUUAAUGCAGAGGCAGGAGCUAAGGUGGAGCCAGAGGUUAAUGCAGAAGAAGAAGAGAAUCCAGACUUUAAGCUAGAAUCAGAGGAAAAGGUGGAGCCAGAGGUCAUGGCCGGACUAGAGCUCAACGAGAAUCCAGAGGCUGAGAUAGAGCCAGAUGUUCAAGGGGAGCCGGAGCCUGAGUACCAGCCCAUGUUCAAUGAGGAGCAAGGGGCUCAAGAGGAGUACCAGGUGCAAAUGAACCUCGAGGACGAGCCUGACACAGAGUUUGAGAGGCACAUUGACAUGGAGGGAAGGUAUGGAAUGAUGCCUGAGCCAAUCAUGGAGCUGGAGCCAGAGGAUGACGACAACAUGUUUGGAGAGGAACUGGGCGACACAGAGCUGUCAGAGGUGGAAAUCUCUCCGAGGGGGGCGUUUCAGAACGAGGAGGGACGCGCUGAGGAGAGGUUUUUAGGGGCAGAACCGAUCAUGGAGCUGGAGCCACUGGAUGAAGACAUGCUUGGAGAGGAACCGAGCAACACGGAGCUCGACCAGGCGGAAAGAUCUUUGAGGGGGGCAUUUAAGAAUGAAGAGCCUGUCAUUCAAAUGCCUCCAGAGGAGGAGGGACUCGCUGAGGAGAGGUUUUUAGGGGCAGAACCGAUCAUGGAGCUGGAGCCACUGGAUGAAGACAUGUUUGGAGAGGAACAGAGCAAUGCAGAGCUCGCAGAGGCGGAAAAGUCUUUGAAGGAGGCUUUUCGGAGUGGAGAUCCUGCUGUUCAAUCUCUGCCAGAGGAGGAGGAGGGACUAGAGGCUGACGCAGAGUUUGAGAGACACAUUGACAUGGAAGGAAAAAAUGAAAUGGUGGGCGAGACAACCACAGAGCUGGAGGAUGACGGCAACGUGUUUGGAGAUGAACUGAGCAAUGCCACCAGAGGGAGCUAUUGUCCUGGAGUGCUAUAUGAGGAGAAGUGUUACCUGUUCUUCAGAGGGCCAAAGAAGGCUGCAGAUGCAGAGUUCUUCUGCCAGGAUCAUUUCCCUGGUGGUCACCUGGCCUCCAUCACCAGCCAACACAUCCACCUGAAGCUAAUGAAGUUGAUCCUGGAUCAAAACGGGUCGUGCACACGCACCUGGGUCGGGGGCCUACGAUAUCUGGAUACUAAUCGCUUUAUCUGGUUGGAUGGAUCGCGCUGGAACUACAGUGAUUGGCUGAGAGGGGAGCCCAAUAACACGGCAAACAAGGAGAACUGUUUGGAGGUGCUGUCAUGUGGAGAUGGAAAGUUCAAUGACUUCACAUGCUGGGAACCACAGGCUUUCAUCUGCUCCUACACUGCAAAAGAAAGUCAAAUGUAAAAAAAAAAAACCCAA